AACAUCCGAUAAAUGAGAAAAUGAUGUUGGAAAUCCUGUCCUGCUGUUAUUAAACCUUGUAGACAUUGUCAUGAAAAAGUCCAUAGUGAAUUAAAACAUAAGACCAAUUUGUAAUAAUCUGAUAUGACACAAGAAACGAUUUAAUUGUCUUAGAGGUCGUGAGGAGUAAAAUUUCAGUAAUAUACAACUCCAGUGUGUUUAUGUAUCAUGUCCUAAAAUAACCUAUUUGUUAUCCAUUUAGUUUAAUGUGCAGAUAGAAACGUAGUUUAUAUAUUUUUAAAAACAAACUAAAAGACUUUGUCAUGGCUUCCCCAAUAAAAGACCAAACUGUGGCUAAGAAACUGGUAGAGAACUUGCAGACUGAUUUGAGAGGACUCUCUGCAGAGGCUAAGAAGAAACAUCCAAAUAUCAAAGAGAUUUCAGAAAAAAUACAGUUGAAAUUAAGGACAAUAACUGCUAAAAAUGAAGGAAUCAUAGCAGGUCUGAUACCAGCUAGUGCAGAAAUAGUUCAACCUUUUGUAAUGGGAUGUGAUACAAAAAAUUCCAAAAUUAUGCAGAUUUGUUUGGGAGGGGUUCAGAGGUUAAUCUCACAUGAAGCAGUGUCAAUGACUGCUGCAGAUAGUAUUAUAAGUAUGUUAUGGAAUCUGAUGGAGUCUGGACAGGAAGAGUUGAAAGUUUUACAGACAGCUAUUAUAUUAAUAACAACUAAUUCAGUUGUACAGCAUGAAUCAUUGGCUAAGGCACUUGUAUUAUGUUUUCGCCUCCACUUCGCAAAAGACUCCACAACAAUCAACACGGCUGCUGCCACCAUCAAACAGUUAGUCAGCAUCGUGUUUGAAAGAGUGUUAUCAGAAGAUAGAGUCAAGUCUCAAGCACCACUAGAACAAAUGAAACUUGAAGAAUUAAAGAUUGGAAGUAAAACACCACCUCAUUCCUUACAGCCUUGUGGAGGGGAUGCCUACUUAUUGUUUCAGGACCUCUGUCAGUUAGUAAAUGCAGACCAGCCUUUUUGGUUAGUUGGGAUGACAGAAAUGACCAGAACAUUUGGCCUUGAACUCUUAGAAGCAGUUCUCACAGCAUUUCCUGAAAUAUUUCACACACAUUCAGAAUUCAGUUUUUUGCUCAAAGAAAGAGUAUGUCCACUGGUUAUAAAGCUGUUCUCACCAAGUCUGAAAUACAGACAGGGGUUGCCUCCCCCUCCAUCGCCAGCACCAGUUGAGAAGCCAUUUUACCCUAUAGUGAUGAGGUUACUUAGAAUCGUCUCAUCAUUGAUCAAGAAAUACUACUCAUUGUUGACAACAGAAUGUGAAAUAUUCUUAUCGCUGUUAGUGAAAUUUUUAGACCCUGAAAAACCUAGUUGGCAGAGAUGUUUAGCUCUUGAAGUCUUACACAAACUUAGUAUACAACCAGAGUUGAUAAGAUGUUUUUGUCAGAGUUAUGAUAUGAAACAACAUUCCACAAAAAUAUUUCGUGACAUGGUAAAUGGUUUAGGAUCAUAUAUACAGUCACAGUUUAUGACAACAUCUACUGGUCAGGGUUCUCAGAGUGGAAACAAAGCUCCUGAUAUACAAGGGACACCUCCAGCCUUGGUGGGAGGGAUGCCUGUUGGAGGAGGUGUUACUCCACAAGCAGCUUUCAUGUACAGAGGAGUGUGGAUUCCUCUAGCAAUAACUGUGCCUCAGGGUCAGACUAAAUCUAUGUUAUUAGAGUUGUUAGACAGAGUUGACCCACCGGCUGUACAGGAUGGAUAUGGUAUGUCACUAGCAUUCUAUAGUCUGUUAGAACUUAACAGAAGUGUACAGUUCAUCAUAGAGGGAGAAACUAAAGAUGUUACACCAGGAAAGAACAAACCUAAAGCCAAGAAACAAAUUACUGACGAAGAGAGAAAGCUACAAGAAGAAUUGAUUAAUUCCUCUUGGUGUGGGAUGUUAGCAGCCUUUUCCUUGCUUUUAGAUGCAAGUACUGAUGAAAGUGCAACAGAAGCUGUAUUAAAGGCCAUGAAGACAUAUGCUAAUUUAUGUGGACAGCUUGAAAUGACAACGCCUAGAGAUGCUUUUAUCACUGCCUUAUGUAAAGCCUCACUACCUCCCCAUUACACGCUGACAGUACUAAACUCACAGAGUAUAGCUCAGUCUUCUCAGAAAGGUCACAUGAGAUUUGCUAGUCAAGAUUUACAGACACAAGGAUCAGAGGCUAUAGAGAGGAGUCAAGUUGUAGCUGUUGGCUCUCCACUACCUACUGCAUCCCUGCCUGUUGGUGCACAUCAAGGACCAGUCAUGUUAACAGCUAAAAACAUCCAGUGUAUGAGGUCACUGCUAUCAGUGGCACACUGUCAUGGUGGCAUACUAGGUACAGCAUGGCAUUUAGUACUUACCACAUUACAGCAUUUAGUAUGGAUAUUAGGAUUGAAACCAUCUUCUGGUGGAACUUUGAAAUCUAGUCAGAACACUACAGAAAGUAGCAAUGCAGUUAUAACAACAGCUGUCAUGGCUGACCUUCCUGUACUGUCAGCCAUGUUGUCUAGACUCUUUGAAAGUUCACAGUACUUAGAUGAUGUAGCACUCCACCACCUGAUAGAUGCUCUAUGUAAAUUGUCAGCUGAGUCCAUGGAGUUGGCUUUCUCUAACAGAGGAUUUUACUUUGCCUGGGAUAUAGAACCAUCAUUAUUUGCAGUAGCCAAGCUGUUAGAAACUGGUUUAGUAAAUCUGUCUCGUGUUGAAGUGCUCUGGAGACCAGUAACAGCCCACCUUUUGGAGGUAUGUCAGCAUCCACACAAUGGUAUGAGAUGUUGGGGAGCGGAGGCUGUAACCUCAUUAGUCAAGGCAGCACUCAGUCAUACUUAUGAUCCUCCGUUACAUCAAAAUCUGAAAUUACAAACGUGUAUUCUUGGACCUUUACAAGAACUGUCAAUCAUCCACCAACCAGAUAUCAGACAGAGACAGCUAGAGUGUAUUCUACAGAUUCUACACAACAAUGGUGAUAAACUGGUUCAUGGGUGGCCAUUGGUGCUUGGAGUUAUUGGUGCUGUUACAAAUGACCAAGGGGAGAAGUUGAUACAGACAGCUUUUCAAAGUUUACAGUUGGUAGUAACAGAUUUCCUUCCCAUAAUACCUUGUCAGUACUUACAAGUCUGUGUGGAAGUGGCAGCAAAGUUUGGUUUACAGCAUCAAGAACUUAACAUCAGUCUGACUUCUAUUGGACUAUUGUGGAAUAUUUCUGACUUUUUCUACCAAAAUCGUGAAAAAAUUGCUCAAGAACUUGAAUCAGACUUGUCAGAAAAUGAUAGUAAAAAACUUGGUAUGCCUGCUUUUGAUUCCCUAUGGAUGUGCUUGUAUAGCAAACUUGGAAAAUUAUGUGUGGACCAGAGACCAGCUAUCAGAAAGAGUGCAGGACAGACUUUGUUCUCUAUGAUAUCAGCUCAUGGAAGCCUCCUUUACAAAGACACAUGGCAAAAGGUUUUAUGGCAGGUUUUGUUCCCCCUAUUAGCAGAUGUACAGAAACUGUCAAGUCAAGCUUCUAAUGUAAGAGACGAUGCAGCAACAGGGAACAUCCUAAUUCAUCAUUCUAGAGAUACAGCAGAAAAACAGUGGGCAGAAACCAGAGUUCUAACACUUGCUGGUGUAGCUAGAACAUUUAACUCAAAACGAAGAUUUCUUCAACCAAUAGGAGAUUUUCCACGAGCUUGGACACUUUUACUAGAAUAUUUAGAAACUGCAUCAUUGUGUCAAAGUGCUGAAGUAUCACUGGCAGCACUCAAAAGUUUCCAAGAAAUUUUACAAAUUAGCAAAGAUAAGCCAGAGGAUCAGAAAAUUGAAGGUUUACCUCAAAUGGCCCCACCUCCAGAGGAGGUAAUACAUAGAACAGAGGACGGAAAGUCAAACGAACAAGUACAAUCAAACAAACUGUCAUCCGAUGUUGAAACUGAAUAUGAUCUUACUUUAUGGACUGCUGCAUGGAAAGUUUGGCUAAACAUUGGAACCAAUUCCACAAAACCACCGAAAGUUACAAACAAAUCUGUCAAAGUUUAUGUUCCGUCUCAAGCUUUCUUGACAGCACUUAUACAAACAUUUCCCUAUCUAUUUGAACAUAUCAAACCCCGGUUUGUUACUGCUGAUUUACAGAAAUUGUCAUCAGUUUUACAGAUGGCCUUGUCUGUACCUGUACAUGGUGAUGCUUCCCCAUUCAUUAUACCCUCCUACCCAGAAAUCACAGUCACACCUUUACAGGAAGCAGUACUACAAGCAAUGGAUGUCCUUAUAAAGUUGGCAGCUUCUAAGGCUGUACAUAGUGGUCCUGAACAAAUGCAGUCUAUGUAUCCAGAUAUAUACCACCAGUUGUUGACCUAUGUGGAGUAUGGUGUCAGGGUACCAAAAUAUGGACAAAUAGAAGCAAAAGCCUUUGGAACUGUCAAAGGACCACAGGUUGCCUGGGUGACCAUGAAUUUUGUUCCCUUUUCUGAGAAGUGUGUAGAAAUGGUUGUAGAUCUGUAUCGAAUCACUGCCAGACAUACUGCAGUUAUAAAUGGUCAUAUACUGGAGAACAUCAUAAAGGCAUUCAGAUUACCAUUGAGUUACAAGUAUGGCUGUCCAUCACCAACAACAUGGAUGCUGGUCAUCAAUUCUUUGUUGUCUAUAUUGACCAUUGGUCUUCCAGUGGCCAGAAAACAUGAAUCUUCAUUUAAUGGAAUGUGGUCAGAAUUAGCGCAAACAUUUGAAGAAUUUUUGUUCUCAAAGAGUCCUUCAUUGCCAACUUUAUCAGUAGAAGAUUUCCAGAGGGAUGAAGCCAUUGAUUGUAAAGUUGUACAGUUAAUAAGAGAUGACAUUUUGUCACAUACCUGUUCUAUGCCUGGUGAUUUUGUCAAGAAGAUCAUGCAGUUACUUAACAAAGGCAGUAUACAUGCUACCCCAUCUGAUCAAUUCAUUGAUACAGAGUCUAGUCGGAAGUUACGUGAAGAAUUUGCAAAGACCUGUUUUGAGACUUUACUACAGUUUUCAUUUAUAUCUAAAAGUCAGUCAGAGGAAGGUUCUAUAACAAAAGUUGCUGUUCUGUCAUUGUUACAACGAUGUCAAGAUGUUGUCAAGAAAUAUGUAGAAGAUGAAAGACUCAGUGGAAAAUGUCCUUUACCAAGACCAAGAUUAGCAGAGAUGGCUUCGGUUUUAAAAGCAAUCACUACUCUAAUCUCCUCACUGAAGAAAGCUCCACCAGGCAAUGUGGAGAGAGGUGUGUGGAACCAGGUUAUACAACUAUACCCCUCACUAGUGGACUGUACAACUUCUCCAUCACCAAGUGUUUGUAAGGCUCUCAAAGAUGUUUUACAGGAAUAUAAGGAUCUAUUACAACCACUUAACACAGCUACACAAAAUGGAACAGGAUAAUAUCUAAAAAUUCUAGUCAUAAGCCCUACCUAGCUGAUUGGCUUUAAAAAUACUGCAAUAGCCAAAUUAUUUAUUGUAUACUUUAAAAUCUGCCUCCUUGAAAGGAGCACAUCUUGGAUUUUGCAGGUAAAGCCAAAAGUAAUUCAAAACAAACCGUUCUUGCUUGCUGGAAUAAAAAUUCAAUAUAUGAUAUAAUAUUGAACAAAACAACAGUGUUAAUUUGCUUUUAAUGCUACUAAUUGUCACUGGAAUAAAACACCACAGAUGGUUUAACUUAUCAAAUUUGAAAAAAGCAAAUCUUAUUUAUCAACCGAAAAGGGUGUGAAGUUUUUACAGCAUGUAUCAUUUUGUUUUGAUAGAAAUUUAUUGUGAAAAUAAAGUUUUUUGGGUUCAUUCUCAUUCCAUUUUGAAAAAAUAUUGUAUUUAAAUUCAUGCUUCAUUAAAUGAUGGAAACAAUGAAAUAUUCACUAGAUAUAGACUUACUUUAUAAAGAAUUGAUAUAUGUAACUUAUUUAUAAACAGAAUGAAUUAACUUUGUGGGUUAUUUUGGUGAUGACUUUUGUUAUGUUGCAAUAUACUUUUAUUUUUGUUAUGUUUAUGAAAUUGUUAUUUGUAUUUAUAGUGUUUUUUGUAUGUUGAUAAUGCUUUGUUUGAUUACUUGUACAAAUUAUUUAUGCAAAGAUAUCAGUUAAUAUAUUUGUGCUUCAACAUUUAUUUUCUUAAGCUAAUCUAUUCCAAAUGGCUAGUAGCUAUUGUGAUCACUUGCCACCCAUCUAUGUCUGUUAAGUUUGGUUAAAUCUUCUUUUCUAAAAUCACCAUGUUAGUUCAAACCUAAUUUGUUUGAAAUCAGCUUUGGUUUUAAAAAUGCAUAGAUGUUUUCAGAAUCCAGUGUCUUUAGUAACUAUAUAUACAAUAUGGGUUAUAACUCCAAUAUUGAAAAUUGAAGGAAAUACAAAUUAUAUAUGUAUUAAGUUUAAACAUUUGAUUUUCUUGCUGUAAUGUCAUCUGAUUUAUUGCCAUCAUAUGGUGUCUGUCUUCUUUGUCACCAUCUGUAAACUUUUUGUUGUCAAGAAGAAUCUGCCGAUUUUAACUGAGUUGGCAAGAAUGUCCUCUUCAUCAAACAGCUCUCAUUGGACCAAUCUUACAAAAACAAGUUGCAA